AUAAAUAAAGGUAACUAUGUGUUCAUUUCUUUUUUUAACAAUGAAGUAAUUAGAAGAAAAACAGCUCCCCUAUCAGAUCGGACUUUGAUUGAGCAGUUAAUUAUCGUAUCUUCUAUAUGAAUGCAAAUGUAAGCAAAAUAAAGUUUGAACACAGAGUUAAUGAUUUCGUUGUUCACAGAGCUAAAACUUGAAUAUGCCUCCACAUGAAGAGGCAGGUGAGAUACAUCAAAGAGAAGUUGUAAAUGUGCAAACUAAAAAUGAUUCCAGUGAAGAAAAGCAAGAAGGGUGUUGUCGUAAUUUGACAAAUGCUGUCAACAGAACGUUGGAGAACGCUUUUGCAAAGAUUGGUUUUGUUGUAGCCACUCAUCCAUGGAAAACAAUUUUAAUUUCCUUGCUAAUCACUGGAUUAUGUUUGAUCGGGGUUGUCGAGUACGAAGUUGAAAAUCGAGGCGAAAAAUUGUGGGUUUCCCAAUCAUCUGAUUCACUGAAACACAAAGACUGGGUCGAGGAGAUAUUUCCUUUGCAAUAUAGAGAAGUUGCUAUUAUGUUAGAAAAACCCUCUGAAAAUAUUUUAACUCCGCAAGGCCUGGAAGAGUUGUAUAAAGUUUAUGAAGCAAUUACAAAGGUGGAAGAUGGGAACAGUAAUACACAAUGGAAAGAUAUAUGUUACAGAUCAUCAUCAGUCUGUAUUCCAAGCUCCAUAUUAGAAUUAUGUUCUUAUAAUCUUACAGAAAUCAGAACGUUAAAGACACAAGAUAUUUUAAAUAGAAUUAAUAAAAAACCUUUAAUUAGUCCAAUGACGAGGAAGUUUAUGAAUGCUGAAUUGAUGAUUGGUGAACCUGUGAUGAGAAAUAAAAGUAAUGGUCUUAUCGUCAGUUCAAUUGUGGCAAGAAUAAACAUUAAAAUAAAAAAAAACACAACUUUGUGCAAAGCAAAGGGAGGCUGGUUGAUGAAAAUGGUGAACGAUGGGAAGAAUCAUUCGAUGGAGCCAUAAGAGCUCUUCCAACGCCUGGAUAUACUUUAUACUACUUUUCAGAAUGAGG